GAGUGCCGCUGUGGCCGCAGUUUCAUUUUGAACUUGCGGCGAGGCGGUCGUUUCCAAGAUCCCAAAAGGAAAGGACCCUUUUCAAAAUACGAAAAGGACGACAUCACCGACAAGAGACAGCCAAAUGCUCAUUGAAAUUUACGAUUAUGCUGCAAAAUUAUUAAACAAUAUGACCGCAACAGGAACCGGAACACAAACCGAAGCUGAAACCGAAACUGAAACCGAAACUGAAACUGAAACUGAAUCUGAAACGGAGGAAAUUAAUAAUCAAUCCGUUGGGACAACAUCAGAGCAGGAAGUGGCAGCCAGUGGCGGUAAUCUAACGGUUAAACUACUCCAGGCCACCACCGGCAACGUGCGACACCUCCUCAAUCGCACCCUGGCGACCGUGACAGCCGUAGCCCGCUCGAAUCCCGCCCAGCACGUGCCCUUCCGCCUGCCCCUGCCACUGGCCCUGCCCCUGCCCGCUUUACUGCUCCAGGCCCUCGACGCUGCGGACGUGACCCGGGGCCAGCACAUCGAUCAGACUACACCGCAUCCAGUGGUGAGUGGAGCCGGAGAGGACCUCCUGCCGCAUGUCCUGGAGGCGCCACCACCACUAAUGGCAUUUAAUGCCACAGUUGGCCCCGCCACCAUCACAAAUCCUUUGUCCACGGACCGGGUUGCUGAUCGGGUGGAGGAUGUCUACAGUGCUUUGAGCGGAGCCAUGCCCACCGCCGGCAAUCUCAGUGGUUUCAUCGAAUCCUCGACAACGGCGGCCAGAUCGGUGCUGAGCAGCGCCCUGCCCACGCUGCCCACCCUGCCGGCCACCACGUUCCAGGCCCAGACAGUGGCCACCUUCAUCUCGGCCACCGGAGGCAAGAAUCGCCCCACCACCAUAGUCCUUUAUCCAACGGUUUCUCCCGAAUCGAUCGUUAUACCGAUCGUCUCCUGCAUUUUUGGCUUCCCCAUCCUGGCCCUGAUCGUGAUCUGCUGCCUCCGGCGGAGGGCCAAGCUGGCCCGGGAACGGGAUAGACGAAGGAACUACGAUAUGCAGGACCAUGCCGUCAGCCUGGUCAGAUUUAGUCCAAUACAUAGGCUUAAUUACCGAUCGUCGCGAGCUAUCAGUCUACGUCCUGAACGAAGCCUAAGCCAGGGAUUCACGUCCUUGGAACUGGACACCGUGCUGGAGGAGCGCUGCAGCGACGUGGAGCAGACCCAGACGGAGAUCCUUAACUCCGAAUCGCCCAUGGACACCACCUCCUACAAGAUGUCCUUCUCGUCGAGCUAACAGUUAGCCAAGCCCGUGCCGGUACAGGACCAGGCACCCGAUCCCUUUCCCACUGACAUGGGCCACCAGGUGGUGGCCACCACCAGACCUCAUCCCAAUCUCCAUCCUCCUCCUCCCGCGUCCAGAUCCCCGCAAUUGCUGCAACCGCCGCAGCUGAGGAAGGCGGCAAGUGUGAGGGAGGCAGCUGCUCCCCAUGAUCCGGCCGCUCUGGCCAAGCGUCGGAGUCGCCUCCACGAGCUGAGGGCGGCCAGCAGUAGUGGCGCCGGCAGCAGUGCCAGUGCCAGUGGCAGUGAGGCAGCUGCCGCCUUUGGGAAACGGGAAUCGAAGCGGGACAAGUCCCGCAAGGGUGGAGGAGCUGGUGGAGGAGCUAGUGACUCCCCGGCGAUGCGGAAAUCUCACUCCCUGGACGCCGCCGAAAGCUAUUCGCUGGCCAGCAUCCAGGCACCACUUUGGGUGACCCUCACCAAUGCCAGGACCAUCGAGGAGCUGGCCCAGCAGAAGCUCUAAAGGAGUCUAGUCUCCCCCCUUGACUGACCCGUCCCCCACCAAAAAAAAUUAUUAAAAAUGAAAUCACCUCCAGAAUCCUCAACCCCGCCUCUGUAAAUUUUAAAUGUUUAGAUGGAAAUUGUAAUUACAAUUUAGUGGCAUUACUAAAAAAAAAUCAAACAAAAUCAAAAUCAAAAAACACAAAAAUCUCAAAAAGAAAAUCAUAAAUAUUAUAUUUUAUUCAUUGAAUAAAGCUAAAAAAAUUAAAUUAAAUGUAAAAUUAAAUGGAAUUAAAGACCAAACGAAAUAGUCCAAUAAAUAAAAUUGAAUGUGAAAAGAUAAUAUAAGUUUUUUUUUUAUUAUGAAUAAAUUUAAAAAAAUGUUAAUGGCAAAUUAUUUAUUUUUUAAGGUUUAUUUAUAAUAUCAUACCAUACUUACUUUAAACUGUUUUUUUAGUAUGUAUUAUUUUUGAAAGUAAAAAUUUCAUUAAUAUAUUUAUAAGAGAAUAACACAAUUUUAUUAAAUUUCUUUUAAUUUUUUAUUUAAAUUAUCAUGUAUACAUUAGAAGAGCUUAAAAUACAAAUUUAAUUUCUUUAUCAAAAUACAUUGUUAUACAAUUUCCUUAGUUGUUGUCGCUUGCAUGCUUCUUGUUGUUGGGUUUUUAAUUCUGUUUUUAAUCUGAUUUUUUAAUUAUUUUUCAUUACUUUUUUUUUUUUUGUAAUUUUAAUUUUUAUUUUAUUGAGAUAUAUAGUACAAUCUAAUAAUUAUAUUCUCUCCCGGACUCACUUAGUUAAUUAUGGGUUUUAGUUUAGCUUUGCACACACCGCAUUCUAGUUAUAGUUUUGUUCCAUUUUUCCAUUUUUAUAUAAUCAUUACAUACAUUCAAUAUAUAUAUAUAUAUAUAUAUAUAUAAUUCUUGUUGUCUUUGUUUUUCAUUUGUAAUAUUAAUUAAUAGAAAAAAAUACUAACAAAAAGAAGAGGUUGUCUUGGAUAUAUAUCUUCACAUACAUGCGCAGAUCUAUCAUAUAUAUAUAUAUAUUUUUUUUUUUUAUAAGGGCUACACAUAAAUCUUGCAUAUAAUACAGUAA